AUGCAUUUAAAUGCCCUCUCCGUUGAUUCUAUGUAUCUAUAUCUAGAGAUUUCUGCCCAAAAUACACAAUUAUCUAUCUAUCUUUCUAUCUAUCUCUCGCUCUCUCUCUCUCACUCUCUCUCUCUCUCUCUAUCUAUCUAUCUCUAUCUAUCUAUCUCUCGUUCUCUCUCUCUCUCUCUAUCAAUCUCUCUCUCUCGCUCAUUCUCUAUAUAUCUCUCUAUCUAUCUAUCUAUCUAUCGCUCGCUCUCUGUCUAUCUAUCUCUCGCUCUCUCUCUCUAUCUAUCUAUCUAUCUAUCUAUCGCUCUCUCUCUCUAUCUAUCUAUCCAUCUUCUCUCUCUCUCUCUCUCUCUCUCUCUCUCUCUCUCUCUAUAUAUAUAUAUAUAUAUAUAUAUAUAUAUUUUCUGUUCUUUCUUUCUUUCUUUCUUAUUUAAUAUCUCUUCUUUAUGUUUUCUUUCUUUUUUUCUUUUGACUUUCUUUCUUUCUUUUUUCUUAUUUAAUAUCUCUCCUUUCUUUUAUUUUUUUCUUUCUUUUUCACAAAAAAUCUUUCUUUUUACCUUUCUUUUCUUUUCAGUUUCUUUUUUCUUUCUUUCUUUUUUUCUUUUCUUAUUUAAUAUCUCUUUAAUUUCCACUCUUCUUUAUUUUUUUUUUUCUUUUUCUUUUACAUUUCCACUUCCUUUUCGCCUUUUUUCUUUCUUUCUUUCUUUCUUAUUUAAUAUCUCUCCUCUUCUUUAUUUUUUCUUUCUUUUACAUUUCCACUUUCUUUUCUAA